AGCAAAAUCAACCGACUGUGUUAACAUCUUAGCCAUUUACCGCCACAGCAUUCUGCUUUUUUCCUCACAACCAUGCAGUUUUCUACCAUUCUUUCCCUCGUUUGCUUCGGCGCGAGCACCGCGGUUCUGGCCGCUGGAGUCCCUGCAAUCCAAGCACGAGGGGAUAUCCCGUUCUGCCAGGCCAACCACCCGUCCAGCCACUGUACCUCCACGGAAGCUUGCGAGCAGGCUUGCGGAGGAGCUGCUCAGACCUCGGGCUGCAGCAGCCUGUGCGUCUGCGUCUGCAGCGAUGGAAGGAAGCUGUAAAUCAGACACUGGCCUGUCCAUUUGGAGCUUUAGGAGGGGGAAGAGAAAUAAAGCCCUGAUUAUGUACAAUUAGCAGGAGACACGAACUAUGGCGAGCGUGUUAGGGAUACCCAUCCUUCAAUAAAAGAGGGUAAACAAAUCAUAUGACUGUC